AUGGCCCAUCUAACACACCAUGCCCCCGCAUCCCUAGUCUCCCAAGGGCUGGACCUAGACUCGGAAAUCAUUUCGAUCCGCGCAGAAAUCUCCAAUCUUCAACGGCGCAAACGCGUCCUCGCAUCCAGCCUCCUCGCCGCGGCUCCCAUCCAAAAGCUUACCCGCAAGCCGCCCCCGGCCCUUACCUCGAUCCACGACGACGUGUCUCCCCUCGUCCGUGCCGCCGGCAAUCAUGCCCAAUCCAAUCACUACCGUAUCGCCUUCGGCGCAACCGCGUUUCCCUUCACAGACCCCUCCCCUCAAACACCGGACACGCUCCUCGGGGUGCGCAUCGACGUCUGUGUGCGCAGCGGCCGCUUCGCGAAGCCGUACUACAUCCUCUUAAAGCGGGAUGGCCAGCCAGGCGAUAAGCAAAGGCGCUUGCGCGUGCACAAGCAUACCAUUCCGGCGUUCAUUGCGGUGGAUAGGCUGGAGAGCGUGUACCUGCGCGUGCCGGGGUUGCGGAAGCGAACUCAGGAUGAGAUGGACACGGAUUCGGAUAUAGAAGAUGGGUCAAGUGUGACGAGCAAGAAAAGACAAGCCGGGUCUCUAAGGCAGGAUUUGCGCGGCUUCGUGCGCGAGUUGAGGCGGGACCUUGUCGCAUGGCACUUGCGGUGCGAUGCGGUCGAGCUGUUACGGGAGAAGCUAGGGCUGAGUGAGGAAGAAAGUCAAUUAGACGAGUCGGAGCGGUUGUCGCCUGAGAGUCGGGGUGGGGUUGUUUCGGUGGCGGAGACUGCAGUUGAGGCGCGGUAUGUGCGGCUGGAAUGGGAGGACGGUCGUGUUGGGCGGUUUAAGUUAACGAAUGCUGGCAUUGUUGAGCGAGCUGUCGUUAUCGGGGAUAAUGGGCGAGACAAGAAGACUGAGGAUGCGAUGACCGGAUCCGGCGGGCGAGUCGAGACGCUGCUGGAGCGAUUGAAGGAUUGUGGCCCGGGUUUGGGAUUGUAG